AUGGCGUUUUUUGUGCUGUCCCGUGUUUCACGACGGUUGUUGAAACCAUCCGUCUCGGCAACAACAACUCGAUUUUCCUUUUCUGUAUUCCAACCUCAACAACAUAUAUACUUCCCAAUACCUGUUACACAUUACAUCAAUCCUUUGUGUAAGCAUACUCUAUGGAAUAACCAUAAUCACCAAGCUAAUAGAUUAGUUGGCGGAAUGUGGUCGUCGUCUUUGGUUCUGGAGAGGGGUCGUAAGGAGACGAGGGAUUUUGGUGGUGUUAAGGAAGAAGAUUCUUGGAUAGAUUUGUAUUUACCAGAAAGAGCUAGAGGUUAUGCUAAGCUUGCUCGUUUUGAUAAACCUAUUGGUACUUGGUUGCUUGCUUGGCCUUGUAUGUGGUCAAUUGCGUUGGCUGCUGAUCCUGGGAGCCUUCCAAGUUUUAAAAUGAUGGGUUUGUUUGGUUGCGGAGCUAUACUUCUUAGAGGUGCUGGCUGUACUAUUAAUGAUCUGCUUGAUCAGGACAUUGAUACAAAGGUUGAUCGUACAAGAUUAAGACCUAUAGCCAGUGGUCUUUUGACACCAUUCCAAGGGCUUAAAUUUCUAGUGUUACAGUUGCUUUUAGGCUUAGGGAUUCUUCUCCAACUUAACAAUUACAGCCGUGUGUUAGGGGCUUCCUCUUUGUUCCUUGUUUUCUCCUACCCACUUAUGAAGAGGUUUACAUUUUGGCCUCAAGCAUUUUUAGGGUUGACCAUAAACUGGGGAGCAUUGUUAGGAUGGGCUGCAGUUAAAGGAAGCGUAGAGACAGCUGUUGUACUCCCUCUUUAUCUCUCAGGAAUCUGCUGGACCCUUGUUUAUGAUACUAUUUAUGCACAUCAGGAUAAAGAUGAUGAUGUGAAGGUUGGUGUUAAGUCGACGGCUCUUAGGUUCGGUGAGAAUACAAAGCUUUGGCUCACUGGGUUUGGCACAGCAUCAAUGGGGUUGCUUGUACUUUCUGGACUGAGUGCAGAUCUUGGGUGGCAAUACUACGCAUCGCUGGUGGCUGCAUUGGGACAGUUAGGAUGGCAAAUAGGGACAGCUGACUUAUCAUCUGGCGCUGACUGUAGUAGAAAAUUUGUGUCGAACAAGUGGUUUGGUGCUAUUAUAUUUAGCGGAGUUGUACUUGGAAGAACUUUUCAAUAGAGAUCUUUCUUUCUCUCUUGAUGAAGCUGUUCUGAGAGUACAGAGUAAAGCUGUUCCUUCAGGAUCCGAAAAAGCUAUUGUCAGAUAUAAGCCGAAACUUUGACUCUUCUCUUCUGUUAAUAAAGGACUGUUCUGGGAUUUCAUGUCUUUGUUCAUAUCGUUGACCGAGUAAAACCUUCUAGUCAGACCAGAGGCUUUUCUCUUUUGGCUUUUAUAAAUAGUUAACAAUCGUAACAGUAUCAAUUAUUUGUAAACUACAGUGAUUAAAUCCCAGUAGUAAUUUUAUUUUAAUUUCAAUCUUAAAAUGCAAAAGAUUGAAUCGGUCGUCUCAUUGUAGGAUAAUACAUAAAUAUAAAGAUUUCAAAUU